UUAUCGCAUGGUUUGAGAUAAGUAAAAUACUGCUGAUAGCGCAUCUUAAAACGAACUUUGCAACUGUUUUAGCUUAUUUGAUCAGUUUAGUAUUGCCGUGGCGGUGGUAGAACGCGAACGUGUCUUUAGGAAUAUUAAACGAGUCAUUAUUAUACACGAAGCGAGAUGAUUUCAUCAUGUUGGUCGAGGAACGCUGUCCAUCCGGAGCCUCCGAAAUCGCUUUUGUCACCGCUAGUUGUUCCAGAAAAGACUUUGAUGGCUCCAGGUCCAAGCAACAGUUCAACCCGCGUACUCAACGCCAUGAAAAAUCAAAUCCUCGGACAUUUACAUCCGGAAAUAUGUGAGAUGAUGGACGAGAUCAAAGCUGGACUUCAGUACGUUUUCCAGACAAAAAAUCGUCUCACUCUUGCGAUCAGUGCCUCGGGGCACGGAGGAAUGGAAGCUUGCCUCGGUAAUAUCCUUGAGAAAGGGGAAACUGUUUUAAUAUCAAAAUGUGGAAUAUGGGGAGAGAGGGCUGCAAAUAUGGCGACCAGAAUCGGCGCCCACGUAGAAUUCCUCGAAACUGAACCUGGAGUGGCUUUUACCUUGGAUCAGCUCGAACUGGCGGUUAGAAAACAUCGUCCAACUGCCGUCUUUGUAGUCCACGCCGAAUCUUCAACUGGAAUGAAACAGCCCCUUCAGGGUGUCGGUGAAAUCGUUCAUAGGUACGGCGGUCUGCUAAUCGUUGACACUGUGGCCUCUUUGGGAGGUGAGCCAUUUUAUGCCGAUGCUUGGGGCGUCGACGUCGUUUAUACCGGAAGUCAGAAAGUUCUCGGUGCCUCUCCUGGAAUAACACCGGUCACCUUCAGCCCCGCCGCAGAGAAGAAAAUAUUCGAAAGAAGAACUCAAGUCCCAGUUUAUUACUGGGACAUGACAAUCUUGGGUGAUUACUGGUCAUGUUUUGACAAACCGACACGCGUGUAUCACCAUACAAUAAGUGCCACAUUGGUUUACGGUUUGAGAGAAGCUUUGGCUCAGCUAGCCGAAGAAGGUCUCAGAAAUACCUGGGCAAGACACGCCGCGGCGGCUGAAAGAUUAGAAAAAAAACUUUCGGCGUUGGGCUUAGAAUUUUUUAUUCCAAAUCCCGAAAAUCGCCUGAAAACUAUCGUCUCCAUAAAAAUCCCCGAUGGCGUGGACUGGAAGGUCGUAGUGGACCACGCUAUGAAAAAAUACAGGAUGGAAAUUGGCGGUGGUCUUGGCCCAACGGUGGGUAAAAUUUUUCGCAUUGGUGUGAUGGGUGUAAAUGCGAGUGCAGAUCACGUGGACCGGCUCUUUGGAGCCUUAGAUGAGGGAUUGAGAUAUGCUCGCAGGUCCAAAUUGUAAAUGUCUCAAACAUUUCAAGUCGUUAUCGUGGCGUGAAAGUUCUUCACUGGAUUACUACACCUGCGCCGUUAUGUGAUGAGAAUAGUUUAAACCGUUCAAUUAAUGUAUGUUUAUAUUUGUGAGCGGAUCAACGAACUACGCAAGUCGAUUUCUAUAUCCCUGUCGGUAUGUACUCGAUUCUUGGAACAUAUCGAGAGCCUGAAGAGAGCACGAUCAGCGAAAAACCGGCCCGACAAAGUGGGAAAUACUAAGAGGAUAGAUUCUCUCUUUAUAUGUUAGCUCCGUAGUAGGAUAUCCCCGAAUUCCGUGUUGAAAUUGAGAAUAGAAAUAGUUCAGCUACAUGAAUGUUAUCCUUAGAUAUUGCGAAAAUUAUAUUUCAGUCUCUAGUCCUCAAGGUCAGAGUAUUAUUUGAAUUAUCUUCAGAAGGAUCCAGAAAUCUAGGUUUUUUCAAUGAUUAACGGAGUCAGUUUGUAUUAAUUGUAAGCAUAUGAAUGGCAUGAUUAAAAUUUAUAACACACAUAUUUGAUUACUACUGCGUGGACUACUCACGAUUGAAUAAACUAAUCGUCGUUUUGAGCUGUUUCCUAA